AUGCCAACUGCACCAACUUCUUAUCUCCCCCAACUAUCCAUACCCAUUUUUAAUGGCGAUCCGCGACUGCGGAGAGAAUUCUGGAGCAGCUUUAAUGCUGCCGUGCAUUCACAAACCAUCCAUAAGAAUAUUGCACAUUGUUUACAAUUCUCCAUUGAUUUGAAGAUAUCUGUUGAAAAUCCUUCCCACUUAAUCUUUUCUUAUCGAGCACUUUACAAAAGUGUGAGGAAAGCUUUAGUACAUACCGUACGGGUGAUAUUACUACACUUGAGGGUCGGCAUCCUUACAUGA